AUGGCUAACAGUGAAGGGCCCAUUCGGCUUACGCCGUCAAUGAUCCCCAACUCUCCCAAUUUUGACAUCAAAGACUCAUCAUUUUUUGGCAAAUGGCAAGAGUUACCUUCACCAAAAGAUGUCCAAGCCCAAGCUGACGCCCAACGUUUUGCGGGAUUCAACCCAAACCCUAGAAGAGACUACGAAAGCGCAGCGACUUUUGUAAAGCCAAUACCCGUGGUAUUUGAAGACAUGGACCUAUUCAUCAAGUGGGGAUGCACAGAGCAUAUUUCCGAGGCCCAGACCCUAUUUGCUCUCCGCCGACUCCUGAACGGCCUUGUUCCUGUUCCUGAGUUAUACGGGUGGCGCACAGAUGGAGAUGUGAAGUACAUUUAUAUGGAGUACAUCCGAGGGCAGACACUGGAGCAAGCCUGGGAUAAACUGGAGCCGGAUGAUAAGGUUAAUAUCAGCCGCGAGCUCCGAGCAAUAUGUGACAAUCUGCGUCGACUUGAGCAGGACCCUUCGGAUCCGUUCCUGGGAAAUAUUGCACGAGCACCUUUUUAUGAUAGAGCUUUGAACUUGGAUUACAUACCAGCAGAGGGGCCAUUCGCGAGAGUGCGAGAGUUCCAUGAUUGGUUCACAUUUCUCUACAGGAGACUGAUGCCAGAUCCUUAUUCGGUACCGAUCGAGCCAUAUCGCUAUGAGUUGCCAGACGACUGUGCCAUCAAGUUCACCCAUGGUGAUCUCCAUCGCAGUAACAUCGUUAUUAGUUCCUCUCGCCCGUAUCGUACUCUGGCUAUUGUUGACUGGGAGCAGUCAGGCUGGUUUCCUGCCUAUUGGGAGUCCCGCAAGGCGCAAUAUAGUGUAUCGUGGAAUGAAGACUGGUCAACGACGUAUUUGCCAAUGAUUUUAGAUAUGUACCCUGAUACUUUGGAUCCAUGGGACUACUAUACUAUCGCCAUAGGCCCUUAG